GCCCCCCGCCGGCGCCCCCCGCGGGAAGGGGCCAUGGGCUCGCGGGCGCCCGAGCCGCGGGGCGCGGCGGGCAGCGGCCACUGACGCGGGGCGCCGGCUGCCAACUUCGCGCGCGCCGAGCGGCCCGGCGGCAUGAAGACCAGCCGCCGCGGCCGAGCGCUCCUGGCCGUGGCCCUGAACCUGCUGGCGCUGCUCUUCGCCACCACCGCCUUCCUCACCACGCACUGGUGCCAGGGCACGCAGCGGGUGCCCAAGCCGGGCUGCGGCCAGGGCGGCCCCGCCGGCUGCCCCAACUCGGGCGCCAACGCCACGGCCAACGGCACGGCCGCCCCCGCCGCCGCCGCCGCCGCCGCCCCGCUCUACAGCUGGGAGACGGGCGACGACCGCUUCCAGCUGCGCCGCUUCCACACCGGCAUCUGGUACUCGUGCGAGGAGCAGCUCGGCGGCCCGGGUGAGACAUGCCGCAGCUUCAUUGACCUGGCCCCCGCGUCGGAGAAAGGGGUCCUGUGGCUGUCGGUGGUCUCCGAGGUGCUGUACAUCCUCCUGCUGGUGGUCGGCUUCAGCCUCAUGUGUCUCGAGCUCUUCCACUCCAGCAAUGUCAUUGACGGCCUCAAGCUCAACGCCUUUGCGGCCGUGUUCACGGUUCUCUCAGGCCUCCUGGGGAUGGUGGCCCACAUGAUGUACACGCAGGUGUUCCAGGUCACCGUCAGCCUCGGGCCCGAGGACUGGAGACCCCACUCCUGGGACUACGGGUGGUCCUUCUGCCUGGCGUGGGGGUCCUUUACCUGCUGCAUGGCGGCCUCGGUCACCACGCUCAACUCCUACACCAAGACGGUCAUUGAGUUCCGGCACAAGCGCAAGGUCUACGAGCAGGGCUACCGGGAGGAGCCGACCUUCAGGGACCCCGAGGCCAUCAAGUACUUCCGGGAGAGGAUCGAGAAGGGGGAUGUGGACGAGGAGGAGGACCUUCGCCUGGACUGUCGCCCAGAGAGAUACCCCACCCGGCACCAGCCACACCUGGGGGACUCGUGGCCCCGAAGCUCCGUGCAUCAGCCACACCUGGGCGACUCGUGGCCCCGGAGCUCGGCCCAGGAGAUGCCAGAGCUGAACCGCCAGUGCUGGGUCCUGGGCCACUGGGUGUGAGUGAGCCCAGCCCGGCCCCUGACC